GGAGCCUCGGAACUGCAGGGACGGGUGUAGGUCGAGUGAGCGGGGCCAAGAGCCGGGGCGCUUCCGGGACACGGCUCCUAGAGGCCGUCGCCGUCAUGAGGCCGUCGCCACGCGCGCUGCUGGGCGCCCAGGGCGCCUGGCGGGAGUGCUUCCCCCGUUGUGGCCGUGACGUGGCGCGCUGGUUCCCGGGCCACAUGGCCAAGGGACUGAAGAAGAUGCAGAGCAGUCUGAAGGUGGUGGACUGUGUCAUUGAGGUUCAUGAUGCUCGAAUUCCACUCUCAGGUCGCAACCCUCUGUUUCAGGAGACCCUUGGGUUGAAGCCUCACUUGCUUGUCCUUAACAAGAUGGACUUGGCAGAUCUCACAGAGAAGCAGAAAAUUUUGCAGCACUUAGAAGGAACAGGCCUAAAAAAUGUCAUUUUUACCAACUGUGUAACGGAUGAAAACAUCAAGCAGAUCAUCCCGAAGGUCACAGAGCUCAUUGGGAGCAGUUACCGUUAUCAUCGAGCAGAGAACCUGGAGUGCUGCAUCAUGGUGGUUGGGGUCCCCAAUGUGGGCAAGUCCUCUCUCAUCAAUUCCCUGAGGAGGCAGCACCUCAGGAUAGGUAAAGCUGCCCGAGUUGGAGGAGAGCCUGGAAUCACCAGAGCUGUGACAUCAAGAAUCCAGGUGUGUGAGCGACCACUGAUGUUUCUCCUUGACACCCCUGGGGUGCUGAACCCUCGGAUUGAGAGCGUGGAGACGGGCCUGAAGCUGGCCCUGUGUGGAACAGUGUUGGACCACCUGGUUGGGGAAGAGGCUAUGGCUGACUACCUCCUCUAUAUUCUCAACCAGCAUGGAAUGUUGGGGUAUGUGCAGCACUAUGGCCUGGACAGGGCCUGUGAUGACAUCGAGCGUGUGCUAAAGAGCGUGGCUGUGAGGCUGGGAAAGACUCGGAAGGUGAAGGUGCUCACGGGCACAGGUGAUGUGAAUGUCAUUCAGCCCAACUACUCUGCAGCUGCCCGUGACUUCCUCCGGACCUUCCGCAGUGGGCUGCUGGGCACAGUGCUGCUGGACCGUGACAUCCUGCAGGACCGCCCCCAACCAACACAGACUUCUGAACCAGUAGGGUAGUGUGUGGCUUCCCAGGCUUUCCAUAGCCCAAAUGUUUGAGGCUUGGGACCGAUUCCCCACUUCUGCUUUCUAGACGCUCCACCUGGUUGUUUCAACUCACGCCCCUACUCCUGGGGACACUGUUCUAUCCUGCCUGCCAAGUUCAGGCCAUCCCUGGUUAUAGGAAUUGAGCUAUGGGGUCCCAAACAGUCCUGCAUGUAUGGCCUGGUCAGGAGGCUCCUGCUUGGUGUUUAAGGAAAGACGAAUGCUGUCUUACAGAGUCAAAGCUGUACCUAUAAUGUAAAAGAACUUGUAAAAGG